AUGAUGGCGGCAGCGAUCGCAUACUGUGAUUCGCAAGGUAUUGCGGACUUCUUCGCAGCGGAGCCGGCUCCAGCGAACCUGCCCGCGGUUCGUGAAGCGGUCUCACAUCUCUUGAGCGAUCCUCGACUGCGGGCUCUCCCUCUAGCGAUCGUCACUUCCGGUGGCACAAACGUCCCAAUCGAGAAAAACACGAUUCGCUUCAUUUCAAAUUUUAGCACAGGGCGACGAGGCGCAGCCCUCUGCGAGCAAUUCCUGCUCAGCGGCUUUUUUGUCAUUUUCAUCUCUUCACCUAGCUCGGCUCAGCCUUUUGUUCGCCAUGUACUCCCCUCGCGGCCGAACCCUGCGCUCCUGGACAGCGUUCACUUUUGCCGAGCCAGGCAGGACAGCAGCUCUGGGGAGGCGCGGGUAGCGGUUGGCGGGGAGAGGUCGGGAAUCUCGGAAGGGAGCGCCAACGAGUGCGGCGGAGAAAAGCAAGCGACGAGACGCAAGUCCGUCGAUGGAGAAAAUCGAGGGACAGAAACUGGUUCUCCGCAACGGAAACGAAGGCGGGAGGAGUCCUCGUCCGCGGCGCCUCCCUCGGACCGGCUUACGCACAGUGGGAGCUCCGCUGAUUCGCACAGGUGCUCAAUCAUGUGUCCAGCGUUUGAUCAACAGGCAGAGGCAGCUGUUGAGGCGUACCGACAGUGUCGAGACCGCCUUCUGUGUCUCUCUUUCGAGACCGUGACGGACUAUCUCUUCUUGUUGCGCGACGUCCUCGAGCUAAGCAGUCCCCUUGGUGAUCGCCUAGUCGUAUGUGCGUGCGCCGCUGUUUCCGAUUUCUACAUUCCUUUUCGGCGCAUGGCCACGCACAAACUGGAGAGCCGUCUUCCCGGCUGCACAUCGGGAACGAGUGCGAGCACGGGCAUUAACGCAGGGCCUGCAGGCGCGUGCACGAAGGAAAAUGAGCUGGCAGAGGCACUCGAACCAAAACUGUCGGGAAGGAGUGAAGACGCAGCGUCGUUGGCUCAGCCCCAUGAGACAGACGCUCCGCAAGUGAGCAACCAGCAAGUCCUGCAGACUGAUUGCCCGGCCUCACCGAACGAGAAAGAAGAUGACGCCGGCUGCACACAGCCGAAAAGUGGGCAUCUGCCGUCAGCUAAUGGGCUGGAUGAGCGAUUCGAGAGUGCCACAAACGGUAACCUCGACUGCGGCGCUGCAGUUGACGUUAGUCGCGACGCAACGAGGGAGUCCCUGUCGCGAGAGAAGGACGCCGCCAGCGCAGGCGUCUGUGAACCAGACCUCACGCUUGACCUUCUGAAGGUGCCGAAGAUGCUAGGGAUGGUCAAAACUUUGCAACCGAAGUGUUUUUUUAUCUCGUUUAAGCUUGAGACGGACGCCGACUCACUUGGUAGCAAAGCUCGACGGUCUCUCAGCAGAUACAGCUGCAAUAUGGUAGUUGGAAAUCUCCUCCACUCCAGGCACCAGACUGUAUCAGUGUACACGAGUCCCGACGAAAGCGCACUGCCUCUGCGGAUUGUCGUCCUCGACAAGGAUCCACAAGGAAAUUUUCUACCUGACACGACUUUGGGCGCAGGCUCCAUUGAAGCGCAGCUGGUGCUGCUGGUGGACAAGCUACGCAAGGGCACAGGCGAAAAAGAAAGUACUCUCCAUCGCGAGAUCUGA